UAAGAAGGAGCCGGUGGCGGCGAAGAACAGCAAACCCCCUCCCGCCUACGAGUCGGAGGAGGAGGAGAAGUGCAAGCCCAUGUCCUACGAGGAGAAGCGGCAGCUGAGCCUGGACAUUAACAAACUCCCCGGGGAGAAGCUGGGCCGCGUCGUCCAUAUCAUCCAGUCGCGAGAACCCUCGCUGAAGAACUCCAAUCCCGACGAGAUCGAGAUCGACUUCGAGACGCUGAAACCCUCCACCCUGCGGGAGCUGGAGCGGUACGUCACCUCCUGCUUGCGGAAGAAGAGGAAACCUCAAG